GAAAUGUUUACGUUAGGUGAGAGGUUUUUACAAAAUACAUUGGAACAGAAUCAUUUUGUUCUGGAGUUACUUUUCCUACAUAUGGAAUCGCAGCGAGCAUGUAGAAUGUUUCCGUGUCAUUGAGCAUGAAAAUUUUUAAGCCGUAUUUCUGGCUUAUUUUUGAUAUAUAUUCUAAAAAUACAUCUUCCGCGGAAAGAUACUAACAUCAUCUAUGCAAUUACUGGAGGGCUCGUAAUUGGUAAUACAAUUUUGUAUAAAAAUGUCCCAUAUUUCCUUAAUCGGUGCCAAUUUGUCCAUGCUUCUACGCUGCUGUCUAGUAUUUUUAUCAUCGAAGCGAAUCAUACGAGUUAAAAAAUCAAAUCUUUUCUCGGAAAAUACUGCGCAAUAAAUUCCGCGACCAAAUACUUUUGACCACAUAUUAAUAAUAUUCAAUUUAUUUUUUUUGUAACAUGCACUAUAAUAACAUAUGCCAAAAAAUACAUUUAGCUUAAUUUCAUUAACAUGGCCCAUGAAAGGAUUGAGGUAAAUGAUUUUUUAAUCUUAAGCGUUCAACUUCACGAGCUAUUUGUUCAUUAGUGUCCAUCAUAAUUUUUUGUAAUAUAGCAUUAUCAAGUAAUACCUGAAACGCUUGUAAAGGAGUUGUAAUAUUGCACACUUUAUUUUUCGGAGACUCUCUGCAUGUGUUAGAUCCGCUGGAACGUCGACCGUGCCUGUUAGGUUCAAUUUCAGACCAUUUUAUGAGACAAUUUCUUGUUGGCACCCUUUUUCGAGGACGACUUCUUCGACGUUGUUUCUCAGCACUUUCAGAUGACAUAGAAAAAGUUGUUGCUGAAAUUGAAAAAGAAGAGGCUCGCAGACAAUGUAUUAAGGAAGUGAUAGUGGAUGCGCCACUUAGACGAGUCAAUUUCACUUUGACGGCACAUCCUUUUAAGGAUGAACUUAUCAUGCUUGGUGGUGAAUUUCACGAUGGUCGACAGACAAUCGUAUAUGGCGAUAUGUUUAUUUAUAAUAUAAAUAAGCAAGAAUGGAUACUGAUAAAAGCACCAGGAGCACCACCACCGCGAUGUGGCCAUCAGGCUGUAGCCACGACACAUCACGGUGGUGAAUUGUGGGUAUUUGGCGGCGAAUUUACCAGUCCGAGCGAGUCACAAUUCUAUCACUAUCGGGACUUAUGGGUAUUUCGAUUUACUGACAAGAAAUGGGAAAAGAUUACGACUCCAAAUGGUCCAUCAUCCAGAAGUGGACACAGAAUGGUGCACGUGAAGAAACAGCUGAUAGUGUUCGGUGGAUUCCACGACAAUCUGCGACAUGAUUAUAAAUAUUUCAAUGACGUUCAUAUUUUUGAUCUAGAGACUUACACGUGGCAGAAAAUCGAACCUACUGGUGUUGCACCUGCUCCUCGAUCAGGCUGUAUAUUGCUUCCAACUCCAGACAAUAAAAUUGUCGUAUAUGGCGGAUAUAGCAAGGAGAAAGUAAAAAAGAAUAUUGACCGUGGUUGCAUUCAUGAUGAUAUGUUUCUCCUGACGCAAGCGGACAAAAAUGAUGUAACCAAAUAUAAAUGGAUCAAUGUGAAACAAACUGGAAUCAGAAUAAAUCCAAGGUGUGGCGUUUCCGCCGCGUUAGUUCAACCCAAUCAGGCUUUCGUAUUUGGUGGUGUUUACGAUGAUGACGAUGAUGAUGAAGAUUUGCAUGGAACAUUUUACAACGAUUUGUUUGCAUUAGAUUUGGAGAAGUUAUGCUGGCGUAUUGUAACAUUAACAAAAAAAAAAGAAGUGACUGUUGCUGGUGGCCCCGAAGGACGACGAAGAAGAAGAAAACAGAAAGAAGAAAGUGGUGAAGAAGCAGAGCAGAGUAAUGAUUCUGACAAAGAAGUGGUGGAAGAUCUUUCGAGUUCCAUGCAAUCCACAGUUAUCGUAGAUGACGACGGAAUAUUCACGGUAACAAUAGGUUCAGUGGAGUCAUCUACAGCUUCUUCAUCAUUUCUUCAACCAAACUCGGCAGUAACAAAUGACACAACGACAUUUUUUCCAUUACCGCGAAUAAAUGCUGGAAUGGCGGUAAAGCACAAUAUAUUGUACUUGUACGGCGGUAUGAUGGAAGAAGGAGAUCGGCAAUACACUUUUUCUGAUUUCUACAAUUUAGAUUGCCGAAAACUGGAUGAAUGGAAAACUCUGAUAGCGGAUGAUUUGUCAUCGCAAACAUGGUUCGAGUCUUCGGAAAAUUCAGAAGAGGAUGAAAAUGAAGAUAAUAGUGAGCAAGAAGAGAGUGAUGAUGAUGAACCAGUGAAUGUUAAUGAUAAGAACUGAGCGAAAGAAAAUAAUAAAUAAUGAAAAUCGACAUGUAUAAUUUUCAUCUAUAUUUAAAUAAAUGUACAUUUUAUUACAAUCAAAUUAUGUGCACAUCAAUUCAUUCAUUUCUUUAUUUCGUGUAUAAAGUGUUAAGGUAAGGUUAUCAGACUAUUAGUUUACGAGAUAUUAAUACUUUAUUCUGACAUAUAAAGAAAGGAUAUCUUUAUUAAAUUAUGUUUAUCUGUAUCCAAAUAUUACAAACAUAAAAGGUCAUAGUCAUUUUUUUGAAUAAAAUAUCCAACAAUUUUUCUUAUAUAGUAUAAUUUCUUUGAGUCUCCUGUUCACUUGCCACUACUAUCUCAGAUUGUGAUAUCAUAAGCUAGGAAAUACACAAUAAAAACAUUUGAAUACAAAGAGUUUUGGUAUUAUUAGUGUUAUUGAUUGGACACGAUUUAUAUAUACAUAUAUAAAAUUUAAAUACAUAUAUAUAAAUUAUAAAACAUCACACAUUAUUACUAUCAUCUAUAUCAAUAUCGUACGCAUAUAUAUUCAUUUUUUAUAUCGAAUUAGUCUAACAAGGG